AUGCGCGUGGCCGAGCCAGGGGGUUGCGAAGUCGGAAACGGAAUAAAAGAGAAUCGAUCAGUCUUACUUAUGGGCAUCCAGACGCCAAUCACCUGUCAGUUUUCCGGAGACACCUUCCAUCAAUGGCGAACUUCCAAGCCACAUUCUUCAAACUACAUUGGUAUCCUCACACUUGCUUGGUCCUAUAUUCUUUCCGCCCGUUUAUUGGAACUUCAAAAGCACGAUGGAGCCGAGCUUAUUUACACUAGCUCAACGGCAAACUCUCGCAGGGUCGAUGGGGUAGAUAGAGACGAGGUGAAGCGUUCACCACCAAUUGAAGUUCACAUCGGGGAAGCCGAAAGCAACGUUGCUCGAUGGUGGAUGGCUAUACUAGCCCCCCAGCAGGGAUGGAAAGCGGUCUUGACCAAAAGAAACGAUAAUGUCUACCUGGCACCUUGGUCUAUUGACUUAGGCGAGGAUGAACUAUUCGAAAUUCUAUGGCAAGGCAUAGGGACUUCUGUGCCAGAAUUCGCCGAUUGUUUUCCACUUUCCUCUGGAGAGGCCUUGACGGCCCUCUCUGAGUUUUGCUUACUGCAUGGUCUUGGAGAUCAAUUUUUUGGCGCUUUUGCAGCAGCGUUAACAUUUCCGACGAAUCAACAUUACAAACGCAGGAUUGAGUUGCCAUCUCCAACCAUUGUACCUGGCAGGGUAGAAAUCAUUUCGGAUAAGGCAUUGGGGAACGAAUAUAUUACGCUUGGUGAUGAUCUUGCCUAUUAUAUGGCCCUAAGCUGCAACCCUAGCGUCGUGAUGUCAAGUCUUUCCGGAUCAUUUUGGGAGCCUGGGGUUCCCUGCAACCUUGUUAAUUCUUGGCUGCAUCCAGUUGUGGAAGAAUUGCCAACAAGACCGGAACUAGCAGAGGCACCAGGCCGCUAUAUUGAAUUGAUCACUUUGAUGUGCGGAAUCCGUCGUCCAGGCCUUUCUGCUCUUUGGGUAGGAGCUGCACUGAGUGGACUUGUUCCAAAGGUCAUUGACCUUGCUAAAAGUGGAACGCCCCCUCUUGAUCCGAGUGGGUUUGCGUGGACAUCCUCCGCGCAGAAUUUUAUGGACUUUGCAGGCUCAGGUCCGUAUUUUGCUUAUGAUGAGUAUGGGGGAUAUGCAAUCAAAAGAGCCGAUGCCUGGAGACUCUUAUAUCUUCCUGUCACGGAGGAUGAUGGGCUGCACUACAAUAGUCUCCCAUUUUCGCCCUGGCCCCCGAUAGGGCAAACAAAGGAGAAGAACUGUGCUUUACGGGUACAAAAACAUAAGAAAUGCUCGAGGCACACUCUGGCCUAUCUUGACUGGGCGUGGCAACUACAUGAUAGUACAAUUUUGCACGACAGGGGUUUUCGGCUUCAGAAUCCCACCAUUCCCCACCCAGAUCAGUCCAACAUGUCGCAGAUGAAAUCCAGCUUUUCUCAGUUAAAUACUCCUCUUUGUUUAAUGCAGGAUGCAUCACGUGAAGCCUCGUUGGAGAUUUUUCGAUGGGUGUUGGCAAAUCAUGAAGGAAAGCCAUCCUCUGAGCCUAUAUAUGAGGACUCUUGGAUAGCAGGAUGCGACGACACCGACGAGUCAGAUGCAGAGGUGGAAAGCAUUGCCAACAGUGACCUUGAUGCCUCAUAUACAGGUUCUCCACUGGGUAGUUCCAGCGCCAACCCGAUUACCACUCCACGAGAAAGCCGCAUAAGGCAAUGGGUUGAUAAUAUUUCUAGUCCCGAUUUACCAGAGUAUGAAGUUUCACACGAGACUUCAUAG